CUUUCAAAGGGCCCUCAUAAACCCCCAAAACCCUAGCUAAGCUCUACCUUUUACUCUCUUCAUUCUCCUCAAACAACCCAGAAGCGGCCGCCAUUUUUGCCUUCGGCUUGUAUUUAGAAGGAUGGUGAGGGUCAGCGUUUUGAAUGAUGCGCUUAAGAGCAUGUACAAUGCUGAGAAGAGGGGCAAACGACAGGUCAUGAUCAGGCCUUCCUCAAAAGUCAUCAUCAAGUUCCUUUUGGUCAUGCAGAAGCAUGGUUACAUUGGAGAGUUUGAGUAUGUUGAUGAUCACAGAGCUGGUAAAAUUGUGGUUGAACUGAACGGAAGGCUGAACAAAUGCGGAGUGAUCAGUCCUCGUUUUGAUGUUGGAGUCAAGGAGAUUGAGGGUUGGACUGCUAGGUUACUUCCUUCAAGACAGUUUGGUUAUAUUGUGCUCACCACAUCUGCUGGAAUCAUGGACCAUGAAGAAGCCAGAAGAAAGAAUGUUGGUGGAAAAGUACUUGGCUUCUUCUAUUGAGACCAAUUUCUGAGAAUAUUCAUUUUUGAUAUCCUUUCUCGAUAGUUAUCCCUAUAAGGGUUGGUAUAAUUCUUAUUUUGUAUUUUGGGCAUUAUAUUUUAUGUUUUGUUUAUGACAUUUGAGACUUUGAAUUGUCUGGUUUUCCAUAGAUAAUAGUUCUCUUCCUUUGUUAUCAAACAAUUGAAAGAGGUUUUCGGUUUGGAAGUUUCAGCUUAUGGAUUUCUAUUUUGCUUUCU